AUGAGCGAUCACAAUUUGCCGGAUUUCCAGACAUGUUUGAAAUUUUCUGUCACUGCCAAAAAGAGCUUUUUAUGUAUGUACAGAGAAAGCGUCGCAGAAGGAACGUUGGCUUCUUCAAUACCAACUGCCUGUGAUAUGCAGCUGAAAAGAGCGAUCGAUUCCAUUUAUCCUGACGGGGGAAUAAAGGUCACGGUCAUGAAUUCAACAACCGCAAGCUUAGACUCGCUAGCGACUACGCAUGUUCAGGAUUUUGAAAUUGUUAUCAUUCCAGAUAUCAAUUCGCUUUUGCAGCCGGACCAGGCCAAACUAGUGAAAGUUAUGAGAGAUUCCGAAAUGGCCCUCCAAAAGGCACAAUCCGGGCGCAUUUUCAUUGGGGUCCUUCACUGGAAUAAUGCAACACCAUCCUCAAGCGCUGCCAAGGAUGGAGACAAUGCAAGUAAAAGUGCUCCCAAAACACGUAUCUUUCUUCCCGCAUGUAUACAUAUAGGUGCUUGGCUUAAACAUAAAUUUUGGUUUGCAUGUGCGCCGCCAUAUCUGGAUUUCGAGAGUUCGUCUGAAUCCAACAUGAGCACGAGGGCCAACACCGGCGACGGGGCGACGACGAAAGAAGAGGGACAAGGGUCUGAGGGUAAGAGAUCCGUUGUACUAAACGAAGAGGCAAAUUUGGACGACGUGUUCGUGGGCUCCAAUGUGCGACGGUACAUUCUGGACAUCAUGGUACACCUGCGGACGCAUAGGCUGACGUAUAAUGCCAGAGCUGGCGGAGUGUACACAAAUUCGCUAGACAACAUGAUACUACUGUCCAGGCUUAUAGGUUUACAUAGCGGCAAGAUGUUUGUGUCCCCGUCGCAUAUCAAGGAAGCGUCGAUGUGGUAUUUUCCCAUGCACUUAGAACUGGUGCAGCGCUCGUCCAUGGACAGCUCACUGCUGUACGGCAGCGACCCCAGCCUAGUAGAUGAAAUGCUUGAGAAGCUCGCAAAGAUCAAGCAUGAGGAAGUCAAUGAGUUUGAGAAUCCUCUUUUCUUGGAAUCUCUCGUAGUGAAGAACGUGUUAAGUAAAGUCGUGCCUCCUGUAUAG